CUUUCAUAUUCGAGCACCGCAGUCGGCAUAGCAUGUUGUUACCAGAUCUGGUCCGUGUAUUCACACGAUUUCUUGGGUCCGUUAUAUAGCCAUUUCCCCCUUACUUCCAUCACUCAACUCAUGCCUCCUGACUUGCCAAUUCACCAAUAUAUGUUCUUGGGACCAGCUAAGAAGUCCCCAAAAGCCCCCAGAAAGUCUGGUCGGUCGACGAGUCCGAGAGCGGUAGAGCUGAGACGACUCCACAACAGAAUUUCCCAACGCAAGCACCGCUCGAAAGUCCGCCAGGCUCGCGAAAACGCCGAAGGGGAAUUUACAUCGACUCAACAGGCCGCAGAGGAGCCCCCGGACUCUCCACAGCACGCGACCGCAGAGGCCAGCGCGACUUCUACCAUUGGUCAUAUAGUCGUUCCGAGUCCCACGUCCACCUCUCCGCGCCCUGGCGCUAUGAUAAUGGCCGAAGAUCUGCUACAAUGCGACCCUCCGUGGCAGCACGUGGACUCACUGCUGAGCCUGCCCGCGGAAAACGAUAGCACCGUGUCACAGCAAGGCUUCACGCUCCAGAGCUUCAAGGUUAUGCACUGCACCUGCAACUCCACAGAUGGUCCAUGCUCGAGCCACCUAGAGAUUCUACGCGCCCAGAUAAUGGUCGAGUCGAACUCGUCUCUGCCGCCCAUGCCGCCACCGCUUUCUUCGACCCUAUCCAGCCCGUACAGCCGCUCGAUGAUGCCCCUCGGCGACAGCGCAUUCGCUUCCAGCAUGAGCGCAGACACAAGCCCACCCAGCGACCUCCCGCCCGCGACAUCCGAGCCGUCGUCGGCAAAAGCAAGACUGCGUGCUCCCAGCACCUCUUCUACAGCGGACAUGACACCACGCUUCAGCAUGGUGCUCGAAGCAAUACGCCAAGCUGGGUUCCAGGACUUUGAAGAAGUGGCUGUGGCCUAUUACACGUCGCGGUUUGAAUGGGGCAGCGUCCCCGCCAUGGUGCAGUGCGUCAGCCGCAGUCAUCGUCUGAAAGCUAUGCUGCACGAGCUGCAGCAGAGUAGUAGGCAGUGGCCGCGGUGGGAGUCUCGUGGGCUCCACGAGAGCGUUUCGGAAGCAGCAGUGUCGCUCUGUGUCGACGAUAUGGAGCGCGUGUCCCAGGCGCCAGGAGUCAGCCCAUCGCAAAGUGAGACGGCGAAUCUCAUCUCUGCGCUUGAGUGGCUGCUACGUGACCAGGGAUGCAACUCCCAGAGUUACUCGAGGACAACGGGUGAGUCAAGCUUGUCCGAACAGGUCGAGGCUGGCCCGGACUCGAUGCCACAUCUCUGGUCCUUGCUCACGGAAUUGGCCGGAGCACAGGGCCUCUACUGUGGUAGAAUUGCGCGUAUCCUGCUCGCUAUAAUACUGUUUGCUCGACGCGCACAGUGAAUUAUCUGUUUACGAGUUAGGAUGCAGUAAGUUUUUGGGAACUGAUUUGCUACAUGGAAUGUGAUUGCGUGCUUAGACGUCUAACAAGAUUAAAGGCAAAGAUAUGCGGCAUGAAUUUUCUAGAAGAAACAGAUGUCUUAUAUUGAGCUGAUGAAGGAAGCGUUCACUUCCACCCAUUCGCCUGCAAGGCCAGGAAUUGACGCUGAGCCGCGGGAACCGUAUUCUUCGACUCACC